AGCAACCGAACGCUGGCAGUACCAUCAACAGUCAUCCGUUCGUUCUGCCAGCGAGUGCACGUGUGUGUUUCAAACGCUUUUCCCUUUUACUGUCGUCGAUACCGUUCCGGGUUCCGUGUACCGGGGUGUGUGUGUGUGUGUUCAUGUGUUUGGCGUAGGCCUUGUGAUCUAUUCGACACACAAAGGAACGAUCGUGUUGCAUCCUGUGCAAAAGGUGCAUUUCUGUUGACAUCGCAGCCAACGAGCCAGACAAGCGCAUACAAAAUGUCGCGUACGCUGGAACUGUCGCCCAAUGCGCACAUCAACAAGUCGCUGCUCGACAAGUACAUGGCCUUGCCGAUGCCGGACGGUAAGAUUCAGGCGACGUACAUCUGGAUCGAUGGCACCGGCGAGAACGUCCGCUGCAAGGACCGCACGCUAGACUUCAUCCCCCAGUCGCCGAGUGAGCUCCCGAUCUGGAACUACGAUGGCAGCUCGACGUACCAGGCGGAGGGUUCGAACUCGGACGUGUACCUGCACCCGGUCGCGAUCUAUCGCGAUCCGUUCCGCCGUGGCAACAACAUCCUCGUGCUGUGCGAAACCUACCGCUACGAUGGCACACCGACCGAGUCGAACAAGCGCAAGGCGUGCCUGGAGGUGUGCGAGCGGGCGGCCGAGGAGCAGCCGUGGUUCGGUAUCGAGCAGGAGUACACGCUGCUCGAUGUGGAUGGUCGUCCGCUCGGCUGGCCGAAGAACGGUUUCCCGGGACCGCAGGGCCCGUACUAUUGCGGCGUCGGUGCGGACAAGGUGUACGCGCGCGACAUCGUCGAUGCGCACUACCGGGCCUGUCUGUACGCGGGCGUGAAGAUUUGCGGCACGAACGCGGAAGUGAUGCCGGCCCAGUGGGAGUACCAGGUGGGCCCGUGCGAGGGCAUCCAGAUCGGGGAUGAUCUGUGGAUGUCCCGGUUUCUGCUGCACCGCGUGGCGGAGGAGUUUGGUAUCGUUGCCACGCUCGACCCGAAACCGAUGCAGGGCGACUGGAACGGGGCCGGUGCGCACACGAACGUUUCGACCAAGACGAUGCGCGAACCGGGCGGCCUGGCGGAGAUCGAAAACGCGAUCAGCAAGCUGGCGAAGUGCCACGAGCGUCACAUCCGCGCGUACGACCCGAACGGUGGAAAGGACAACGAGCGUCGCCUGACCGGAAAGCACGAAACUAGCUCGAUCCACGAUUUUAAUGCCGGUGUCGCUAAUCGUGGCUGCUCGAUUCGUAUUCCGCGUGGCGUUUCCGACCAAGGGUUCGGCUACUUCGAGGAUCGCCGUCCCAGCUCCAACUGCGAUCCGUACAGCGUGGCCGAGGCUAUCCUGCGCACGAUCAUCCUCAACGAGUAAGAGACGGACCGACCGGUGUCGUCGUUGUCGUUGGACAUUCCACAAGCCUUUUGGAGAGUUGUAUUUCCAUGCCUGCACCGUGAGGAAAAAAAGGAGAGAG